AAAAGAAAAGAAAAAAGAGGAAGAAGAAGCCACACCACACAAAAAUCUCGAAGCAUCGCACAGUGCUCACACCGUCGUCCCGUUCUUCGCCCGCGCGCCGUCGAACCCCCAUCCAAUCAUUGGAGCACGCCAGCCACCGCGAAGGAACUAUUCGUUCGUAGUCGUCGUCAUCGUCUUCGUUCUGCUCCCCCCCGUACCGGUAUUGGAUUGGCGUCGAGUGGAGAUCGAUCCGAACCUGGGAUCGAUUUGCUUUGCUGAUGAUUUUGGUGGCUUCAAGAUAAAUUAUCUGAUAAGAAAUCUAUCAGCUUGUAGCUGAUCCAAACAUCUUCGAGUACAAUAUGUCGGAGAAGCAAUCUGAUGAUACAACUGCUCAUUUGAGGCCUGAGGGAGAUGUUCCUGAUGAGAAAGUAGAAACUUCUUCUCAGAAUGGAGAUGGUAUGCCUUCGCCACAACAAGAGGAAGCAGCAAUCAAGAAAAAGUAUGGAGGAAUAGUGCCCAGAAAGCCACCACUUAUAUCCAAGGACCAUGAACGAGCUUACUUUGAUUCUGCUGAUUGGGCUCUGGGGAAGCAAGGAGGGAAUCCUCAAAAACCUAAAGGACCACCGGAAGCACUUCGACCAAAAUUACAGCCUACUCAACAACAGGCUCGUUCACGUCGGUUUCCUUGCGUGUCUGCUGAGAAUGAAGAGGGUGUCAAUUCGCCUACUGAGGAUACGAGCCAGAGCCAGGAUUGCACUGAAGGCGAAGGACAAGGAAUGAGUAUGACUCAGAACCAGGACUGCAUCGAAGGCAAGGACAAGGAAUGAAUAUGCCGAGUAGUUCCAAGUUUUUUCAACGGGACUUUGCCAUUUUCUAUGCUCAUGCUGAUUUGUUGCUUUGGUAAUAAGUAGUCUCGUGCCUGUAUUGCUCGUGCCCUCGUGAGGUCAAGUGCCGAAUUUUUAAACUGCAUUCGAGACAUGCGGUGGCUA